AUGCGUAGGACUUACCAAGUGAUAUUAAUUUGUUAUAUUUGUAUUGUUUUGUUCCUCUUGAUCGACCGAGGAAAAAGCGAUACACAAGUCAGAACGAAGAGGUAUCUUAGCUUCCGUAAUGUGACAAAGUUUUUCAUCCGACUCAACUUCAAAGCUAAUAUGGUACCCUGGAAUCAGAUAUUCGCCCAAGCGAUAGGUUUCCGUUUGAACUGGGAUGACCCACCUGACUCCUUCCAUCCCUACCACCACUUCAGUAGAAGAAGCAUUUAUAAUAAUUUAGAAAUUCUAUUAGACAGUAAUGGUUUAAACGGAUUCCAUUGCAUCCGCCGCGCCAUCUGUGAAACCAAUACGAUCUCAGCACCCAGAGGGAUUUAUUUUAAAAUAUUGAAGAUGGUGUUUAGACAACAAUCUUCAGCAACAGAUAAAUGGCACAACCAUACGACAGAAGAUUGUGCUGCAUCGGUAUCUUCCUGUCCCUUUUCCAUGCUGGAAGUAUCUCCAUACACGGAUCUCUAA